AUGAGAAAGACUUACUUCGAUGAAGGAUACGAGUCCAAGUCGGGAGGAGGGGGUGGCUCAGAAACAAUCUGUGAUGAUGGUCCUAGUUGCUCAUACUCACUACCAGGAGAAGACAGUGGAGUUUUUGCUCCCGAAGUAAAUGAGGAUGAUGGUGCCAGUGGUGGUGGUGGCAGCGAUGGAGGUGGCGGAACUACACCCAUGCUCACUUUUUCGGUCAUGGCUGGAACAAAAAAAAUCAAUUAA